AUGCCGCCCACGCAACAGUCUUCCGACUCUUAUCCCCUCUCCGGAAAUGACCCCGAGAGCUUCUCAAUCACCUCGGAUACCACAUCCUCGCUCGUUGAAGAGAGUGCCCAAAGCGAAGCCCCCGAUUUCGAUGGUCUGUUCGACUCGCUACUCAAUGGCGAUGACUGGUUCGACAUGCCUGCCUCGCCCGAAGAUGAUGGUCCGUUUCUCGACCUCCAAAACACCCGGAACUCUGCCCUCCAUCCUCGAGUACGGAAUGACCCUGCUACGGGCGCCAUCGGGGUGGAGGUAGUGGCGCAUCUUCGUGCUCUUCGCGCUGAGAAGAAGAUGCUGGUCACAGGCUAUGAGGCGGCUACAAUGCCCCUGAGAGACCUUCCCGAGUGGUUCGACGCCCCGGUGCGGUUAACAUAA